AUGCGGAAAGCAAUGCUGCCAUUCCUCCUGGCGGCAGCCGCCAGCGCCGACACCCGCAAGCUCACCAACCCAUGCCUCUCCGCACCGUUCGCAGCGCUGCCGUUCUGCAACGCAUCGCUCACAAUUGACCAACGUUCAAGAGACGCCGUCGGCCGAAUGUCACUAACGGAAAAGAUCGACGCGCUGGGCACGGAGCAGGGCCCGACGCCGUCGCUGGGCCUCGGAAAGUACGACUGGUGGUCCGAGGCGACGUCAGGCGUGGCGAACGGCGCCCACGGCGCGGACGGUUUCCAUACACACUUCGCCUAUCCCGUGACCACAGGCAUGGCUUUCAACCGGAGCCUCUGGCGAGUAACAGGAGAGGCCAUCGGGCGGGAAGCGAGGGCGCUCAUGAACGCCGGCAAGGCCUAUUCCACGUUGUGGACGCCCGUCGUCAACCUCGCGCGCGACCCGCGCUGGGGGAGGAACGUCGAGGUGCCCGGCGAGGACCCCUUUCUCACCGGAGAGUAUGCAUCAUCCUUCAUCAGCGGCCUACAAAACAAACAGGGCGGCUUCCUCCAGGCGUCGGCGUGCUGCAAGCACUUCGUGGCCAACGAGCUCGAGAAAACCACACAACUUGACGGCGAGGAGUAUGAUAGACGGCACGAUAAUGCGCAAGUGACUGAGCGCGACCUGCUUGAUUCUUAUUUGCCGCCUUUUGAAGCUUGUGUUAGAGCGGGCGUGUCCGGGUUGAUGUGCUCCUACAAUUCACUUAAUGGUGUGCCGGCGUGCGCUUCCAAAGAAUUGCUCGACACUGCGAAGUCCUGGGGCUUCGACGGCUACGUCACAUCAGACUGCGACGCGGACCGCAACGUCUACAACACGCACAAGUACGCGGCGACGCGCGCCGAGGCCGUCUGCGACUGUGUGGAAAUCAACCAGUGAGUUAGGUUAGUGGACCUUCGUGAGCCUCCACGCCAUCGAGCCGACGCGAUCACGAGGACAACUUCGCGUCGAUGGCGUGGAAUCGCCACGCCAUCGCCCAGACGCAGCUACGGAGGCAUGUCGCGUCGAUGGCGUGGGGCGCCCGAAAUUUGAUUUCCACACAGGUCCGCGACGUCCUGACGGCAGGAACAGACGUCGAUUGUGGGGAAUUCGUUACUCGUCAUGCUUCGAAGGCGCUCGCCGAGGGCCUGGUUGACGAGGCUUUAAUUGAUGAGCGGCUCGUCAACCUCUUUAAGGUUAGAUUAAGGCUCGGCCACUUCGACCUGAGUUUUGAUAAUAAGAAGCCGCGGGGACCCUUAGAUAUGAUACCCGAAAGUGUUGUUUGCUCGAAGGCGCACGUGCAGACAAGUUAUGAAGGCGUCGCGCAGUCCGCAACGCUGUACAAGAACGACGGUGCCUUGCCCCUUCGAAGGGUGGAGACGCUGCUCGUGAGCGGCCCAACGGCGAAUAUUUCCCAAGUCCUGGCGAGCUACUACGGGCCUCGUGAUGUUUGUGGCGGCGCUUACCCUGGCCUCGUGGACGCCGUGCGCGAAGCGGGCCGCGUCGACGUCGUCUACGAGCAGGACCUCGACCGCGCGGUUGCGGCCGCAUCUACGGUCGACGCCGUCGUCCUGGCGCUCGGCACUGAUUUAAACUACGCCCGCGAGGGCAGGGACGCGCCAUCGAUCAGAUUGCCGGCGGACCAGCUGCGAUUGGUCGAGGAGGUCGCCGCCGCGGCCAGAAAGCCGAUCACCGUCGUGCUCCUCACGGCGACGCCGCUCGAUAUAACCGCGCUGAAGGCCAAUGACAAAGUUGGCGCCAUCGCGCACCUCGGCCAGCCGUCCGUCGCCGUCGUCGGCUUUAGUGAUCUGCUGUACGGACGGCGGUCCUUCGCGGGCCGAGCCGUCCAGACGGUCUACCCCGCGGCCUACGAGGAUGCCAUCUCCAUCGCCGAUUUCAACAUGCGGCCGGGGCCCUCGGUCUUCGCGCGGCCCGACUGCGCCAUGAAGAAUGUUUCAAGGUGUCCGCGAGGCGUGAACCCGGGCCGCACGUACCGGUUCUACGAAGGUAAAGCUGUCGUGCCCUUCGGCUUCGGGCUGUCUUAUACGACGUUCCGCUAUGCCUUGCGCGUCGUGGGCGCGACUUCGUUCGUGGUGGACGUGACGAAUACUGGUAGCAUGGCCAGCGACGACGUCGUUUUGCUGUUCCUCGUUCCACCAAACGCGGGCGCCGACGGCGUGGCGCUCAAAAAUCUCGUGGCGUUCGACCGCGUCCAUGUUGGUGUGAACGCGACGGUGUCCGUGGCGCUCUCUGUGCCUUCUACGGUCUUCGCAAAGAAGGGCGCCUACCGCGUCGAGGCCGGCGUCCGCGGCGAUUCAAGAGUGGGGUUCGACGCGGCGACGGUGUUUGUUCGCGGCGGCGGCGUCGUAUAGUUGUAAUUGCUGUGUAUUUUGUUUCCUAGACAGCGCCGGGUUUUUGUAAAUAGUUCCAGCCACACACGCAAAACGUCACAACCGGCCGAGCGAUUUUGAGUGGGACGGAGAAAUAGAUUGCGUUUCGACUCCUAAGCGACGGAAGCGAACGCGUAGCCGCAGUGGUGGCCGACUCAGCUUUUUUUUUCAGAGCAGGCGAUUCUCGGUAAUCGCAAGGCCCGCGACGACCUGUGUGGAAAUCAAAUUUACGGCGCAUCCGACACACUGGUUCAUUUCCACAGGCGACGACCGCAUCCGGCGCUACAACAACCGCAUCUUCGAGCUGCACCGCGCGGCGUCGAGUGUGGUGGAUGAGGACUGGGACCCGUCGAACCCGUCGCUCCAGAGCGCCUGCGAGGCGUCGCCGGCGCGCUGCGGCGACGAGUACUCCUUCGUCGCGGCGUCGGCGAACGACCUCGACUCGAGCGUCUACCGCAUCUCGAAGCAGAACGCCGAGGCCGCCCAUAAAAUCGCCGAGGCCGAGCACAAGCAGCUCGUCGCGUCGCUCACGUCGGCCGAGCGCGACAAGCGGGAGCACUACAAGCGCCGCGCAGCGCGGCUCGCGAAGAGUCCGGCGCACGCGCGGCGCAAGAGCCAGCCCAAAACGCGCAAGGACGAGAAGAUCUUCCCCGACGGCCAGGACUCCGUCAACGUGGCCGGUCUCGGCGCCGAGGAGCACCUCGCGGCGAUCCACGCGGACCAGUUCCACCGACUGCUCAGGGCGGACUCGUUCGACGACUUCCAGGAUAUGUAA